AUGGCGCCGAACAAGCGCCCGCCGACGGCCGCCGAAACGCAGACGCUCGACGCGAUCCGUGCUGAUCUGAAAACGCCCUUCGACGAAGCGACGCAUGGCGACUUGCUGAAGCGGCUCUGGAAGGCAGGCCUCGACGGGCCCUUCGAACGACGUUCACAGAAGUGGCAGCUCCUCGGCUUUCAAGGGGCCGAUCCUACAACUGAUCUAAGGGCGUGCAAGCUGCUGGGCCUCAAGACCCUGGUGACGUUUUUGGAAACGUCGCCGCGCCACGCCGAGGCCAUUCUUGAGAGUCGGCGCAUAACAGGAGACUUCGACCCUAGAAAACCGGGCUUCUAUCCGGUGGCCUGUGCUGGCAUCGAAGUCACGGCCUUCCUCUGCGAGCUUUGUGGAUUGCGGGGCCCGAACGGGGCGCCGCCGCCGGCGGAGCUCCCUCCCUCAAAUCGAUGGGCUGCUUUGGUGGGCACGCGGACGUCCUUUGACGAGUGCUUUGCCGCGGUCCUGCGGGCGUUGGACCGGCGCUUUGAUGAUGAACGGGGCGACUACAUGGGCUUCGCGUCCGUACGGGACGCCGUGUUCGCGGACGUGCGGGAGGCUCUGGACCGCGGCGAGUCCACGGUCGAGCGGUCGCUAAAGCUCGCGCCGGGCGCCUGGGGCGCGACGAAGCCCGAUUAUGCAGGCUACUUGGACAAGCUCCCCGCGUCGUCGCCGACUGUGUGGAAAUCGACCAGUGAGUUAAGUUAUCGACCCUCCACGCCAUCGAGCCGACGCGUCACGGCGACGACGUCGCGUCGAUGGCGUGGGGGGCCGAAAUUUGAUUUCCACGCAGGUCGCGCGCGAAGCGCCUCGUCGCCGCGUGGCAGCGGCGCUACUUCGUGCUGCGCGGCGCGGUCAUCGGGGUGCUGAAGUGCGAUUCUUCAACGCGCGCGGAGGCAUGUGGCGAGCUGCGAAGUUUGUAUAGGCUCACCGCGGCGUCCGUCGUGUCCGUCCGGCGCGACCGGUUGGUCGUCGAGAACCUGGAGCGCGACGGCCGGUCGAAGCUCAAGCUUGUGGUACGAGGAGACGAUCUCGAAAAGUGGGCCGCGGCGCUCGAGCGCGCGGUGCCCCAGAACUUCUCGGACUCCGGUGAUGAGAGCCCUGUUGUAGACUUGGAUACAUCCUAACUAACCUUAUUCAGCU